CCUCAAUGCAUGUGCUUCAGGGACGACACCUCGCACUAGGGGACCUAAAUAUAGCGCAACGCUGUAAUCUACACGGUGAACCACCCACGGUAGGACAUAAUAGGAGUCGGCAAAGCUUCUCUUGCUAUGCUCCGGUUUUCCGGGUGAAGAUAUAUAGCGCGUCGCCCUCCCCGCAAAUGCAACCCACCACCAGGACCUACGUUCAUGCUCUUACGCUUGGUGACGAUUCUCCUCGGCCUAACCGCCCUCACACACGGUGCGCGUCAAAUUCGCAAGAGCGAAAUCCAGGCGCGACAACUUGAGGCGGCCAAGCGGUGGCGCUCUAUACCUCAGCCCACUACUGGCAUCGACCUCGAACGGCGCGCAGGAAUACAGAAUAUCACUUUCUCUAAUCCCAAGGCCUCCGAGUUUUGGGUGGAUGGCUCGAGCAUUCCUGAAGUCGACUUUGACGUAGGUCCAAGCUGGUCAGGGUUGAUGCCUAUCUCUGCCGAUCCCAAUGAGUCGCGGAAGCUGUUCUUCUGGUUUUUCCCUCCCGGCCCGCAAGGCAGCUUGGAUGACCUCAUAUUCUGGACGAAUGGUGGUCCUGGAUGUUCUUCAUUGGAAGGGUUUUUGGAAGAGAACGGGCCGUUCCAAUGGGGAGUCGGAACAGCAAAACCCAUCGUCAAUGAUAUGAGUUGGACUAAUCUCUCGAGUGUCCUAUGGGUCGAGCAACCAGUUGGGACUGGUUUUUCGCAAGGAACACCGACGAUAAAGAAUGAGGAUGAUUUGGCAGAGCAGCUUGUUGGUUUCUUCCAACAAUUCUUGGAGGUUUUUUCGGAACUAAAGGAGAAGAACUUGUAUGUCACGGGUGAAAGUUACGCAGGAAUGUACGUGCCUUACAUCGCCAAUUACAUCUAUGAGCAUCCUGGCGCCCUAGACUUGACGUUGAAGGGCAUAUGGAUUGCUGAUCCCGUCAUUGGAUGGGAUGUAGUUCAAGAACAGAUUCCCGCGGUUGACUUCGUUCACAAGUACGAAGGAGUCUUUGCUUUCACGCAGGCGUUUCUCUCCGAACUUGACGCUAAAGCUGCAGCUUGCAACUACACCGGCUACACAGAGACUUUUGCAACAUAUCCUCCCAAAGGGCUUCUUCCGCUUCCCGGACAGUCAACGGAAGCCGACAGCGGAUGCGAUCUAUGGGACACCAUAUUCGAUGCGGCUUUUGCCAUUAACCCCGCGUUCAACAUCUACCGAAUCUUCGACACUUUUCCAAUUCUUUGGGACGUGCUCGGGUUCCCAGGGUCGUUCGAAGACAUUCAGUUGUCUCCACUAUACUUUGACCGACAAGAUGUUAAGAAAGCCAUUCAUGCUCCACUUGACGUGGAUUGGACAGAGUGCUCAAAUAUUAAUGUGUUCCCUGACGGAGAUUCCAGCCCUCCAUCUUCGUUUACCGUCUUGCCGAACGUCAUUGAGAAGAGUAACCGCACCGUCAUCGCGCAUGGCCUCGCUGAUUUUAUUCUGAUUGCUGAAGGGGCGAGAAUCGUGAUCCAAAAUAUGACGUGGAAUGGAUUGCAAGGUUUCCAAACUCCCAUCCAAAAUGACAGCUUCAUCGUUGAUGGUGUUGGGACUCUCGGUACAUCCCACACUGAGCGAGGACUAACCUUCAUAGAGGUAGCGCUCAGUGGACACAUGAUCCCGCAAUACUCUCCUGUGACCGCAUUCCAGAGUAUGCAGUAUCUGAUGGGCUUCCGGGACACACCAUGAUGCCAACAUUGGAAUAAACAGGAUAGUAGUGGCCGUGAGCGCCGGAUAGGACAAUCUGUUCUGUCGCACGCAUCGUUUGCGGCCAUUGUACAUGUACUUCUAAAUCUGCUUUGACCGGUACAUAUGGCAUACUUGGGAAGAAAAAAAACUAUACAAGUCACCGUACAUCAAAUAUGGGUAUGUAAUGAUGUGUUCAUUGAACUGGAAUCCCAAGGAUCCCAGGUUAACCUUGACCAGCAGCAUAUUGGAUAAGGGAGUAGAUUACCAAGUGACAGGGAACCCUUGAAGACAAACGCACAAGGGAGUUCCACUCUACAUACAGCUUUUAUACUACUUUAGAGAGAA